UCUGUGCAUUUACAUCAAAAUUUGUAUUUCCUGUUCUUGCCUUAGAUAUUUUCAGCUUAGAUUUCCAGUCAUUCUCAUAUUCUCUCUCACAUGUUAUAACUAAUCUGUGAUAUGUAUUUAUCUCCUACUUCUAGUAUAGUUUUUCAGUUAUUUACUUAUAUAUUUAAUGAGAAGGAAUUAAAAUUUUACUGUAGUAAACAUAGAAUAUUGACAUAAACAUGUCUUUUGAUACAAAUUGGAGUAUUGACAAGUAUAGGGAGGAUCACGAAAGUGAAGACCAUUGGGAUUUAAGACGCGCUUUCAUGGAGAGAUGGAAAAAUGAUUAUCCUGAAGAAAGGCUGGUGUGUUUGGCGAAGGUUUUCGCUAACAUGGAGUUCAUGGGGUGCAGAUACCCCAUUGAAGUAAUGCAAGAAGUUGCCAGGCUUUCUCAAGAGGUGGCACAAAACUACAGGAAUGCAAAGAAAUUUAAAUUACAAAGGACAUUUGUGUCCGCAUCUGAUGCUGCUGAGGACAGAGCUAAAGGUAUCAAGCGAGAAGGUGGUGUCAUCUUAAACGGACCACCGCAGAAGACUCCUAAAAUACAAUUUGUGCAACAAGGACACGGGGACGUUGAAAAUGAUACAAAUAGUAAUGUAGAACAAUUGGACAACAAUGAGAAUAAGGAACCAGAGAGAUUAUGCGAGAAAAAGUCCUCAGAAGUGAUCGAUGCUAAUGAAUAUCUGAGUGAAAUGCAGAAAGUUAAAUGUAUUGAUGUUAAAAUGUUCAACGAGAGAAUGUUUCACACGACAUUCGGCAGAAUGGUUCUCUUAAUAAGGCCUUGGUCUAGUAAAUUAGGAAAUAUACAAUCAAGCUGCCAAGUGUGUGGGAUCCCAUUAAGAACAGUGUAUGAAAACAACUGUUUCUCGCUUUUGCUGAAUGAGAAGCUACUAGCACAAGCCACAGGCACCAACAAGGCUGAAGCCAGGAGUAUUGUUGAGAUGUUAGCAUGGAAUAGGUUGCGUGAAGAAUCAAUCAGUAUAGUUGUGAAGGAACUGUGGAUAGCGCAGGGGGACGCGAGGAUAUCAGUACGCGAUGUCACCGGCCAGAGGGAGGACUUCGGUGCCCGCAUAGAAAACAAUGUAGCUACCAAAAUGAUGAAGUUGAUGGGAUGGAAAGGCGGCGGGUUGGGCGCGGACUCGCAGGGCAUCGCCGAGCCCAUCAAGCCUAACUUACAAAUGGUGAACCGCGCCGGUCUGGGCAGCAUCGGCACCGAUAUUCGGCAGCUGAGGCGCGCAGCCCAGGAUCUGAUGCAGCGGUACCGUGAUUCAGACACCCUCGACGUCGACCUAGUCUUCAGCAGCGAGUUCAGCAAGGAGGAGCGCGCGCAGCUGCACCAGCUCGCGCAGAGGGCGGGCCUCACCUCGAGGAGUUAUGGCGAUAAGGACAGAUUCCUAGUAGUAAAAAAGAAGUUAGAUCCAUUCUCUUUGGCGCGAGCGGUCAUAGAAAAAGGCGGGAACACGCCCAAGUAUCAAGUUUUUAUACCGGUCGCGCUCAGCAAGACUAAUGGCAGAUAAAACUUUGUUUUUACUUAGUUUAUUUAUAGAAGAAGUAAGAAUUUGGUGCAGUAGUUUCUGCUUGAUGCUGAAACAAAUGGAUUUUUUUUUCUAAAGCUCUUACAUAUUUUUUUACAUUUAAUAAAGAUAUGUAUAUGUUAUAGUAUACAUUUCUGUAUUCGCAUUAUUGUUUAAAGGAUUCACAGACUGUGAUCUAUUUAGUUUUUUUUUUUUUUUACAUACACAUUUUGUUAAAACAUUAUAUAAGUAAACAGAAUAUGAAAUAACAGACUUCAUAGAUAAUAAAUAGACUUAUCUUUCAUAAAAAAUAAAAAUAUUAUUUUAUGUGAUAGUAUGGCAAAGGAGUGUGGGGCUCACGGAUGAUGUUUAAGUACCUAUGUCCAUAGACAAAGAAUCGCCAGCAUCAAAAAAUAUUUUCAUAGUUCUACAGAGAGACAUCUGAGUUGUUUCUACUACCUUGCUUGACAAAAGGGUGACAGUUUCAUGAACAAUAAUGCAAAAUGUUGAUUUUAUGUAACCGUUUCCCCAUCUUACUGGGCUUAGAUUAUAUGGAUAGUUUGUCACCAUACAAAUGCUCCCCCAAAAACAGGUUGACUUUUUUAUCCAUGGUUAAAAUGAAAAAUGAAAUGAUAAAAUUUUUUUGUACAACUUAGAAUGGCAAACAAGCUGACGCCCACCUGGUGGAAAGUGGUAUAUUUCUAAUAAUAUAUUAUUAAGAAUAUAUAAAAAAAAAAAACAUGGUAAAUGAUACAUAAACAUUUGUAUCGAUGGUUCCUUUACUUAUUAUUUUGAUUUAUAUCCAAGUAUAGCGGUGAUUUAAAAUUCCAUUUUUAAAUAAUUGAAAUGGCAUGUUUAAAAAAAAAUUGUGUCAAAUUGAGUCAGCCAAAUGUUCAUUUAGCUGCCCACGUUUUUGACAUUUGAUUCUUUAUAUCUAUAUAAUCUAAGUGUAUGGGUUAUCAGACGUUACAAAUUCCGAUUAUAACAUGAAAUUGUCACUGACUUCAUGUUUGUUUAUUAUCUGUAAGUGUAAUAUAUUUUUUUAUGUAAAAUGUAUUGUUAGAAUAAAUUUAAUUAUAAAUGUGA